AUGGGUCAUUCGCACCUUCUACAGAUCUUACUUUUACUUUUACUGAUAGUUGCAUUCACUUCUGCUGAAAAAUCAUCUCUUGAAGAAUUAGAGUCUUAUGAAUAUGAAGAACCAGAAGACUCACUAACAACAAUGUCUGAUACAUUCGAUCCUAGUAGUGAAGAAUCUACUGAAUUUAACAAAGAUCAAUCACGAUCAAUACUUCUAAAUUCAUCACAAAAUCGACAACAAUUAAUUAAUUUACUUCGAAAAGCUCUUAGUCAAGGUUGGAAACCAAAUUUAAAGCAUUAUAUUCCUGCAACAAGAUUUGGUCGACAUCUUUAA